UAGAACAAUGAGAAAUGCAUAUGGCGUCCGUUUUCUAUUUUUUGCACUUUUGCUUCAGAAAUACUGUUUACGCAGUUUACAGUGCGAGUAUUCGCAUUAUUUAUUAAUUUUACGUUAACAAACCGCACCGACGUCGAAACCCGUUGUAUAUACAAGAAUAAUCGUUAAAAUAAAAUCGUUUUUCGUGAGUACGUAUGUUGAAACUUUUUUAAUUUGUGAAUGAAGAAAACUAUCUGUGAUAUUACUAUUAGUUAAAGUAACAACAAAAUAAAUCGCUUUGUUAUUUAUGAAUUUUGAAUAUUUACAACUUAAAUUGCGAGUCUGACAAUUUACUUAAAAAAUUUUACGUAAGUUAACCAAGUAUGGUACGGUAUGGUAUUCUUUAUUAAAUGCAAGUAUCCUAGUGCGAUGUCUGUGUCAACAACAACAACAACACCUUCAGCUGCGGCGGCCACGACGUUCGCGGACGAUGAGACCCAAAAGAUAGAUCAGGUUCCAGCUAAAGAUAGGGACGAGCAGAUGGACGGAUUGAGUUUGUCAUUGAAUGUGGACGCGACGGAAUUAAAUGAUCCGGCGAUUCUCGCCGUUAAACCCGGACAACCCGUGUAUCGAUACACGCGCGAGGAGUUGAUGCAACUGCGACAGGUUCCGCUGUCUCAGAAGCGACCCGAGCACCUAUGCAAUACGUUUAAUAACCCUAACGGAUUUUGGGACCCCGAGUUAUGGCAUCGAAACACAGUCGAUACUCUUCUAGGUCCGGAACCUCUCGACAUUCACAAGAGGCGACCCGGCGAUCCGCGGGAACGGAUACGGAAGGAGCAGGACGGCAUCGUGCUCAGUCCGCAGCGCCGCAGCUUCAAUUCGGGCUGUUUCGUACCCCUCAAGGAGAAUCAGCGUCCGAAUCGACAGCACAGCCCGAUCGGCGGCAAACCGGACACCCAACACAUUGGACAUCGGGAGAUACCGCAGGGCGCGAGACGCAUAGGCAGCGGUCGCAUACUCAGCCGCGACAUCCCCUGGGAUUUCCAGGAGAAGCAGGCGGUCGAUAACGAGUUCGGUUACCGGCGCGACGAUCGUUUCGAGCGGCGCCCCUUCGGACGCGACUACGACGCCGGCAAGGACAAAGACAAGCACCGCAAUAAUCGCUUCAACGAACGGCGGCGCAUGCCGAGCGAGAAUCGCGACGAUGAGCCCGAGUGGUUUACGGGCGGGCCCGUCUCGCAGGCGGACACGAUCGAGCUGCGAGGUUUCGACGACUCCGACUGCGAGAGGCUCGGCAAGAAGAAGCUCUCGAACGCGCAGAAGAAACGACUGAAGGAGCGCGGCAACGCGAAGACGUCCGAAUCUCAGCCGGACGCGAAGGACGGCGAGUUGAAGAUUAAAACGAAUACGCCCGACGUGGUGCCCAUAGGUUUCGGUAAGCGUUCGCCGCCGGCGCUCGACAAGGAGAGGGAGGAAUCGAAGAAGGAGAUCGGCGAGACAGCGAAUCCCUUUAAUUUUGAUGACAUCCUUAAAUGUGAUACGAUCGCCAAUUUGUUACCCAAUGGAGUAAGCGGUAACGAUGGUGACGCCUCCGGUUCUCGCUUCAGCCAGUGGUUCAAAAUGGAGAGUCCGAAACAGGCGCCGAACAACGACAGCCGUCGCUCGUCCCUUCAAGACGACCACAUCAUCCGAAACCUGCUCAACGAGAUUAACAUCAUGGAGCCGAACGUAACGAUACCGGGCGACUCCGAAUCGUACUUUGCGCCCAUUUCGCCCGCCGCCAACACGGGCGUCGCCAACUUGAAACUUUCCUCUCAAAAACCGGUCAAUCUCAUGGAGAUGCUCCAGAAGGGCAAAGCGGAGAGCGCGCACGCGAAAAAUCUCGACGCCAACAGCAAGGUGAUGAGCCUGGCCGAACUGGAGGCGCGCAUAAUUCACCAGGGCGCCGGCGAUCCAGGCGCCGCUCGCAACUCCAUCUCGAAGCAGAGCAAGUCGGCGGACGAAAUGAACGCGUUCAAACGAUUGUUGGCGCAGGUGUCGGACGGCCAAGCGGUGACCGCGUCGAACGGCCCACUCCCGACGAAACCUCAAUCCAUGUCGCUUAUGGAGCUGCUGUCCCAUUCCCAACAGCAAGACGAGGCGGCCGGACUAUCGGCGGCGUCGCAUUUAAUGGGAUCAUCUAGUCCGAGUAUCCACAACGAUGUCGCUUUCAAAAUGCACCUACAGAACCACGUGCAGGCGCAAAUACAACAACGACAGCAGGCGCAGAUGGAAAUGCUAAACAAGUUGAUAAACGCGAACGCGCAUCGGCAACAGCUUGGAACCUCUCCAUUACACGAAAUGACCCUAAACCAAAGCAGAGAGCUCUUGAGCAGGCCCGAAGCGCAAGCGAUUUUGCAAGGUAUGCAACGUGGUGAUAUAACCUCGCAACAUUUAUACCAGCAAUUAGCCGCAAAUCCGGCGAUGCAGUCGCGUCACCGUGACCUCUUACUAACAAUUCUAAAAUAUCACGGUGGUGGUGGUGGUGGAAGCACGGGUGUCGGUCCCAGUCCCCGAGUCCUUAGUCCCGUACCGCCUCAUCCCAUGUUUCCGCAGCAACAACAGCAACAGUUGCGAGUGUCGCCCCUACCUACCGCCUACUGUGUGUCUCCAAUUCUUGCAACCAGUCCCAACACCCUCACUGUCCCAGCGAUGCAUCAGCGUAUACCGUCUCCCCGUGAACUCCAAGUGCACACGCAGAAUAUCAUGCAGCAGGCGCUGAUCAAGAAAAAACUCGAGGAACAGACUGAAAACUACAAAAAACGUCAGGAGAUGCAACACAGAGGCCAAAGUCCCGGCAGGGGCUUAUCCCCCGCCAAACAUAUCUCGUCGCCUACGCCUCUCGCAUUCACCCCGACCUCGGUACUACGAAAAAUGACCGCGGACAAGGAUGACGCCAGCAAAGACCCGAGCAAGUCUGAUAUUUUUGCAAAAAUGCCACCAGGUCGUGCGGUUACAGGAAUGAAAUCGUCGAUACAGCCGCCGCAGCAACAGCAGCACCCGCCGCAAACGUGGAACAUUCAGCAGCAGCUGAAGCAGCCGGUCGGUCGGCCGAUCGUCAAGGCGAACGCGAACCUGCAAACGUCGCAGCAAGAUCAGCAAUACUUCCAUCAGCAGCAGCGCAUAUACAACCACCACCAGCAGCAGCAUCAGGCGCGGAAGCUCGGCCAGCAACAGUUUCCCUCCUCGAUCAAUCCAUCCCAACAACCAGGUGCAUCAUCUCACCAAACUCUCCAUCACUUCUCCACACCGCACUCGUUCUCAUCCAAUCCACAACCGUUUCAGCAACAGUUAACGCAGCAUCAGCUGCGCGCGCAGCACCAGCAGCAUCAGCCGCCGCAACAGAACCAGUACAGCAGCCGUUCGAGCUCGCAGACACUGUGGUCGCAGCAGCAGCAUCCGCUGCUGGCGAGCUCUAACUAUGACGGUCGAAUUUCACACAUGGGCGAUCGAGGUGGUGCCAACAACAACGGCGGCGAUCUCUCGCCGACGAGCAACCAGCUGGCGCGCUGGUUCUCGCCCGAGCUGCUGGAGAGGGCGCGAGCCGGCAAAGUACCGAACCUGCCCAGCACGAACACGUCUCAGCACGCCAUCAGUUUGGAGGAGCUCGAACGCCAGACCGCACCACCUGUACAUAAUUAGUGCCACAACAAGUACCUGUUUGAAUGAUUUUUGAAUUGUCAACGAAGUGUGUGAAAUUAUGGACUCGUUUUUUUUUCUCAUUAAUUUAUUUUUCCGGAUUCCGCAGUUGAAGAAAACUCAAUUUUGAUGUUGUCGUAUGUGUGUUUAAGGGAAUUUCAAUUUCGUUGCUAGAUCUAAAUCGUAUUUCAUUUCGUUUUUGGUUUUUUCUUUCAUUUUUUUAUUUUGUAUACCGUGCGAAAGAGAAAGCCCCUUUAAUAAGUGCGCAUCGAAAAGUGUUUAAUUUUAUUUGAAGAAGUACAAAUUGUGUUCGGAAAUUUUUGAUGUCUCACGGCCACAGUAGUCAUUAAUGGAUGUAGUGCGAAUAAUUGCGUUUCUGUUUCUAAAACGAUGCCCUUUCUUAAUCGGGCUAGUUCUUGUAAUUGUUGUCAAAAUUGUAGCGAUUGUUUAUUUAUUUGAGUAAUGAAGAGGAGAGUUAAUGGAAAUUUUUACUUUGCAAGCAUUUUUGAUGUCAAAACGUAGUUCGAUACAUUCCAAAAUUUGUGGUUGAACAAGUUCCUUUUUUUGGUAACACUGACAUAAAUAAUACAAGCAUAACGGACUUUUAUAGUUAACUGUCUUUUGCCAGUGAUUGGUUGAGAGCGCGACUUGUGAGUGAAAUUUAGUUUAAUGAAAUUGUUGUUAAAAAGACUCAAGUUAAUCUAAAUGUCUUAGGGUCCUGGUAUCCACCUUCCGCCAUCGGAGUGGAUAUCGUGGAAGGUGGAUAAAUCGGCCUGUGAAAUUGUAUAACUUUAGAGAUAAAAGGAGAACAGUGUGCAUGCCGAAGAUUUGUGAAAUCGCACAUGUACAGGAAAAGUAAUUGAAAAAAAAAAUUAUUUUGGAAACGAUCUGAAGGUUUUGAUUUGUAAAUAAAUCACUGCGUAAUGAUUAGAAUUAUAUUUAUUGUACUAUUGUGAAAAUUCUCCCGUUCUCGGAAUAUAAUUGGCACACUACUUGGUGUUGCGUAUUCAAAAAUAAAUCUCAAUUAUACUA